CUGCGGAGACCUAACGGCUCGCGCAGCUGCGAGCUGGGGGGACGCCGCUGGUGCUUGCCGGGGGUUGCUGCGAUCGGCCCGCGUGGAGAAGAAGGUCGGGGGCCUCGACGCCCGCCCGCUUGGAGCGUCCGUCAUGAGGAGAAGUGAGGUGCUGGCAGAGGAGUCCAUAGUAUGUCUCCAGAAAGCCCUGAAUCACCUUCGGGAAAUAUGGGAAUUGAUUGGCAUUCCAGAGGACCAGCGGUUACAAAGAACUGAGGUUGUAAAGAAGCACAUCAAGGACCUCCUGGAUAUGAUGAUUGCUGAAGAGGAAAGCCUGAAGGAAAGACUCAUCAAAAGCAUAGCCGUCUGUCAAAAAGAGCUGAACACUCUGUGCAGCGAGUUAAAUGUCGAGCCUUUUCAUGAAGAAGGAGAGACAACCAUCUUGCAACUAGAAAAGGAUUUGCGCACUCAGGUGGAACUGAGGAGAAAACAGAAAAAGGAAAGAAAACAAGAACUGAAAAUCCUUCAAGAACAAGAUCAAGAACUGUGUGAAAUUCUUUGCAUGCCCCAUUAUGAAAUCGACAGCACCUCAGUUCCCAGUUUAGAAGAGCUGAACCAGUUUAGACAACACGUGGCAACUUUGAGGGAAACAAAGGCAUCUAGGCGUGAGGAGUUUGUUAACAUAAAGAGACAGAUCAUACUGUGUAUGGAGGAAUUAGAGCACACGCCAGACACAAGCUUUGAAAGAGACGUGGUGUGUGAAGAUGAAGAAGCCUUCUGUUUAUCUCUGGAAAAUAUUGCAACACUACAGAAGUUGCUCCGGCAGCUGGAAGUGCGAAAAUCACAAAAUGAAGCAGUGUGUGAGGGGCUGCGUGCUCAGAUACGAGAGCUCUGGGAUAGGUUGCAAAUACCUGCAGAAGAAAGAGAAGCUGUGGCCACGGUUAUGACUGGGUCGAAGGCCAAGGUCCGGAAAGCGCUGCAAUUAGAAGUGGAUCGGUUGGAAGAACUUAAAAUGCAAAACAUGAAGAAAGUGAUUGAGGCAAUCCGAGUGGAGGUGGCUCAGUACUGGGACAAGUGUUUUUACAGCCAGGAGCAGAGGCAGGCUUUCGCUGCUUACUACUCUGAGGACUACACAGAAAAUCUGCUCCAGCUCCAUGAUGCCGAGAUCGUGCGGUUAAGAAACUACUAUGAGGUUCACAAAGAACUCUUUGAAGGUGUCCAGAAGUGGGAAGAGAGCUGGAGGCUUUUCUUAGAGUUUGAGAGAAAAGCUUCAGAUCCAAGUCGAUUUACAAAUCGUGGAGGAAAUCUUCUAAAAGAGGAAAAGCAGAGAGCCAAGCUCCAAAAAACACUCCCUAAGUUGGAAGAGGAGUUGAAAGCAAGGAUUGAAAUGUGGGAACGGGAGCAUUCAAAGGCAUUUGUGGUGAAUGGGCAGAAAUUCAUGGAGUACGUAACAGAACAGUGGGAGAUGCACCGAUUGGAGAAAGAGAGAGCCAAGCAGGAACGACAACUAAAGAACAAGAAGCAGACAGAGACAGAGAUGCUCUACGGCAGUACUCCGCGAACACCCAACAAGCGCCGAGGACUGACACCCAGCACUCCAGGCAAAGUGCGCAAGCUGAACACUACCACCAUGUCCAAUGCUACGGCCAACAGCAGCAUUCGGCCUGUCUUUUCGGGGACAGUCUACCGCUCUCCUGUGUCUCGACUUCCACCUUCUGGCAGCAAGCCAGUCAUCACUUCCACCUGUUCGGGGAAAAAAACACCCCGUGCCGUCAAGCAUGGAGCCAACAAGGAGAACCUGGAGCUCAAUGGCAGCAUCCUCAGCGGUGGGUACCCUGACUCGGCCCCCCCACGGCGCAACUUCAGCAUUAAUUCUGUUGCCAGCACCUAUUCUGAGUUUGCGAAGGAUCCGUCCCUCUCUGACAGCUCCACUGUUGGGCUUCAGCGCGAACUUUCAAAGGCUUCCAAAUCUGAUGCUGCUUCCCGAAUCCUCAAUUCAACCAACAUCCAGUCCUGAGAAGCCCUGAUCAGUCACCCCUCUGAAGUUUUCUGUGCCUAAUUAUACAGGGUGGCUUUAAUGUUUCUUCAGUUUAGAUGCUUGAAAGCCUGGACACGUUCCAUUACCAUGAGUCUCACUUAGAGAAGUGAAUGAGUUACAGAUGAAAGUAUCAUAAGCUUAGUGCGUCCUCAGACAUUUGGUUUUGACUCAAGAAAUACAUUAAAACUUAGUUCAUAGCAAUAAGUGUAAAUUUUAGCAUAUGGAACUUAAUUUCUUUUCCUGCCCCAUAACUGUACUUGCUGAAAUAUGAUCAAGGGCUUGUUAUAUUUCACCUUUGAGUAGGAAAAUGACUGUGUCCAUCCUUGGGGUAUGGGACAUGAAGCAUAUUUUUUGUCUGUACACUUAUAAUUAGCAAUUAACAUCUUUUUUGUUUAGGGAUGUCCAAUUAAUGCUACAGCUUCAAUAGCUUUGUUCUCACCUAAAGGCCUGUCCCCACCACACAGGACAGCCUUCCUCCUGAUGAAGAUGUCUGUGUGUCAGAAGUUGGGAUGGCCUGACUCACUGCCAAAGAGGUGACAGGGAGGCUGGGAGCGCCUUUGUUCAGUCGUGUAGUUUUGUCAUGUGGGGCGAUGCUGUGGGUCGGGGGUGGUGUAUGAACACGCGUGCUUGUCUGAACUUCUGGGCCCAGUUCCCCCAUCCCUGCCGCCCCUGUGCCUGAGUCCCUCCACCCUCUGCACUUGGUAGACAAGUAGGGAGGCUGCUUGGUGGGUUGGGCCGUUCCUGUUCCUGUCGUGGAGACCUGGAACUUUGCACAUGUCAGUACUGGGGAGUUGUUCCUGCCAUAGCGUCCACGAUGAGGCUCCUCCUCUACCUACCCUAUUGAUCACUACUGCGCUCCCCGAAACACUAUUUAUUUUCCCUCUGCCUGCACCCCUACUACUGUCAGCACAGUAAAAUGGUUCUUGGAAGCUUACAGGUGUGGAUUUGGUCUGUUAGUCAUGCGUAUACAUGUACUGAUUUUAAAAUAUAUUCUUAAAUUAAAAUGUAUACUUAUAUUUCAGAAACA